AUGCAGAAGUACAAUGAGCCAACCAUUCUGUUAUCGGAUCUCAACGACUACAUAACCUGCAGAUUAUGCAAAGGAUACCUGAUCGAUGCAGUCUCCAUUACAGAGUGUUUACACCCUUUUUGUAAGUCCUGCAUCGUGAAAUACCUUGAAGAAAGAUAUGAUUGUCCAUCUUGCGGCAUACUCAUUCAUCAAAGUCACCCCUUGAAUUACAUAAGCUACGACCGAACACUGCAGGACAUUGUAUAUAAAGUUGUACCGGAUUUGAAGAGGCGUAAGUUUAAUGGUUUUGGCUUAUUACGAACAACCACAGGAGAAAGACAACGGAGACAAGAUUUCUAUUGUUCGAUGGGUAAGAGCCCACCGCCUUCAGAAGAACUCGUACGUGAACGCUUAUCACCGAACGGCCUAGACUCAUCCGGUGACGCUUCCACUGGUCAGUUUUCUAGUCCGUCUGCCUCCAACCUCUCUCACGCUCCCGACUAUCACCGCAGUGAUGAACAAGUCAAUGUCCAUUUGGAACCUGGAUCCGAUUCCCUUGAACCAUUGACCUUCAAAUAUCUUCGCUUGUCUUCCAGGGCGACCGUGACCCACCUACGAAAAUACGUAGCCCAGCAAGUUUUGCAUGAUAUUUCCCGAUUUCGUGAUAUCGAUAUUUUUAUUCAGAACAACGAAGACGGAACAUUUCUUGGACGAGACCACAUUCUCAAGUUUGUUCGCGUUGUCUAUUGGAAUGAUGAUGAACCGAUGCCAUUACAGUAUCGAUUUAACCAAACACUAUACUGAGUCCGUCAAGCGGACUCCAGAAUAGUUCCCAUGGGGAAUAUGGAAGAAUUGCAAUGGACACUAACCUUGUGAUCAGCCGUCGGCUAACGACCCAACCCUGCCAAUCGGUACAUCGUGCUUUUUGUACACAAUCGUACAUCAAAGCCUUGCCACAUGCUUCUUUUGUUGUUUGUUUUCACAGAUCUCUGACAAUGAGCUACAUGAGUUCGCCUUUCCGUACGAUAUUUCAGAUGUUGAAUUUCGCACACUUGUAUAUAAUUUGUACACGUUUUUUCUACACACAUAUAGCCUUUUC